CGAGUCAUUUCUGCGCAUGCGCGACUUUCCCGGAAGUCCCGGCAGCCUAACCAGAUGACAGAUCAACAACCUGAAGAAACCUGGAUCUAGGAUAGUGACACACAGAGACGUGAGGAACGCACAGUAACUGUUCCAGGAUCAGAGGCUGUAAGAAGACCCCAGAAGUAAUCCGAGUCCAGUGUUUGGUUUGUUGUGUUUACUGAGGCUGCCUAGGAGGACCCCCAUCCCACCCCACAUCCCCACCACUCCUCCUCCACCAUGAGCGCCCGUGGGAACGCCAGGACCAACGGGAACCUGCCCCAGACCAAGAUCUGCCAGUUUAAGCUGGUGCUGCUGGGAGACAUGGCAGUGGGCAAGUCCAGCCUGGUUCUGCGCUUUGUCAAGGGCCAGUUCGAUGAGUUCCAGGAGACAACCAUUGGAGCUGCUUUCUUGGCUCAGUCAGUUUGCUUGGAUGACACCACGGUGAAGUUUGAGAUUUGGGACACAGCCGGACAGGAACGCUACCACAGCCUGGCCCCUAUGUACUACCGUGGAGCCCAAGCAGCCAUUGUAGUGUUUGAUAUUACGAAACCGGAGACAUUUGAGCGAGCGAAGGCCUGGGUGAAGGAACUCCAGAGGCAGGCAAGUCCCAACAUCGUCAUUGCACUGGCAGGAAACAAGUCCGACCUUGCUGACAAGAGACUGGUGGAGUACGAGGAGGCUCAGACGUACGCUGAAGACACAGGCUUAUUGUUCAUGGAGACCUCUGCCAAGACUGCUAUGAACGUGAAUGAGUUAUUCCUGGCCAUUGCAAAGAAGAUGCCGAAAACAGAUACUCAGAACCCGACGCAUGCCGCCCGGCACAGGGGAGUCAACCUGCAGGACCCAGACGCCCAGUCCAGCCGAAGCUGCUGUGGGAACUAAACAUCUCUCUGUCCACCAUCUAUAUCAACAAGGGAGACCACUGACGCCCUUUCCCCUCGUUCCCCACCCUCCACCCUUUCACCUCCAAGACUGACACGGAGAGAGAGAUAAAGAAAGAGAGAGAGAGAGAGAGUGUGUGUGUGUGUGUGUGUGUGUGUGAGUGUGAGAGAGAGAGAGCAAAAGAGUGAGAGAGCGACAGAAAAGAAAUGAAAAAAGGAGAGGUUUGGAUCUCUCACUGACACUGGAAAGCGAUUUCUAAAAAGUGGUGUGGUGUGAAGUGCAGGAUUGGUGAGAACACUUACUGUAGACUAAAGGACUCUAUAUAUGGCACUUAAUGGUGGAUGUCUGUUCCUGUUUAUUUUGCCAACACUUAUUUUUGCCUACACAAGCAGUUGGGAAUGGCAGAGCUUAGAGGAGAACAAGAAAGGGAGUAAAACUAUCCUCUAAUGGCUUCUCAGCACUAAGAAGAAACACAGCACCUUAAUCUUGCCCUGUUCAUCAUACAACAGCAAAGCACCCCAAUGAAAUUAGAUGGAAAUGAUUGUGAUUGGUCAUCAUCAGCCCUGGACACUUUCUCCUGCAUGUAUGUAGACUUUACCUUCUUCUACAGCUGUAAAAUACUGGACAGGAAAUGUCUUCCCUUCCCCCUUCCCUCUUCUUAUGUGCUCUCCAGUCAUCUGUUCAUAACUGCUUUGUGAUUCCUCCUCUGUUGGAAACUACUGAUUCAAUCGUCUGUAAUGUACUAGUGUUAGUAACAUAAAUAUAUGAUUGGUAGCAAUCCUACGUGAAAAAAUUAUCCGGUCUUGCUCCUAGACAUCUCUGAACUCAGAGGUCACACAGAUCCCGUUUUCUUCUUGUGCUCUUUAUCUUGAAGCAACAACAAAAAAAAGCACCUGCAGUCAAUCUCUUUUAAUGCGGACAAAACAAAAAAAAAAUCUGACACUGCACAGAGGGAAAUGUGGUUGAAUAAUAAAAAAAAAAAAGAAAGGUUGGAGAAAAAAAAACAGAAGUGCCUACUCUCCGUGUUCUUUGUUUUGGGCCCGCUUGGGAUGCUUUGAGUUGGCAGAUGUAUGGUAGAACCUUGAGUCCUUGAGGGUUUCAAGCCAGUCUCUGUUAAUGUUCUAGCUCUUAACGUACCCAAAGCACCUAAACAGUGUUCUACACAGUGUGAUUCAUUCUUCUGAGUGUGUUUAGAGCAGGAACAGAGCAAAAACUGACUAGCUUGAGACCCUCUGGCCUGAAGUACACCAAUAACUUGCAACACAUUACUGUUUGUUUAAAAAGAAAGAUUCUUUUUAUUGUCUUGUUUUAUGGAUGCUGUUUGUUGUUGGUUUUUGUGUACAAAAAUCUAGUAAUUCUAUUGAGUUUAUUUAAAAUUAGUUUUAGUCUGUAAUUUUAUGGGUUGCCAAUCCAAUUUUACUGUCAUUUAAGGAAUGAUGAAGAAUCAUCUACAUGGAUUGAAGUCAUUUGUCACGUCUCUUACAAUCCAGUUUUUUUGUGUGUGAUAGAUUUGAUCUCCUGUUAACACUUGUGUGAACUGGAAAGUCAAAUAAAGCCGUGCUUUCUGCGAAGAAAA